AGCUAAUAUUCCUAUAAAUAGGAUAGACACAAAAAAACCGACCGACAGUUCAAAAUGAAGUGGCUCGUGAUACUUUUGAUACUCCAAUUGCUGCAGAACAUAAAGUGCGAACAAUCCUAUGAGGUGACCAAUGAACAACUUGAUCCCUUCGAGGGCGAUUCAGAGACAUUGGUGUUCUUCGAUAAAAUAAAAACCGUGGGACGGGAAAGAGCUCUCAACGGCUCCUUCAGGUUCGCUGGCGAGAUGAACAACGACGACUUUAAGGUUUCAGUGGAACUUUAUUCGAGUCCCAACGGAGAUGGAAACUUCAAGAGGAUGGCCAUGGAUGUGCCCCAAACGAGCAUUUGCGAAUGCUUCAAAAAGUUCUACGUUCAGUUUGUACAACCUUCUGUGAAAACUGGGGAGACCACGAAUUUCCCCGUGGUCGAUGAUGACUUCUGUCCCAUCCCAGAAGGCGAAUUUUACCUCAAAAAUAUCCUCUUUAACACCGAAGAUUGGCCGUCGCAAGUUCCUCGAGGAAUUGUCAAAGCUAUUAUUACUUUCUUCAAUAAUGACAAAAAUGUCGGAGGACUAAUAGUGGUUGUCAAAAUUGAGGAUCGACAGAGGUAGAGUAAAUCUUGAAGAGUAUUUUGAUUUUACUGAACUUUUGUGGAGAUUGAAGAUGAUACGAAUUAUAUCAAACAAUUAAAGUCUUUUAAAGCA